ACUGCUGUCACUCCGCCACCUUCCAUGUCCCUUCAAUCGGCUUGUUUCCCCCACGACCGUCCUCUGCGGCUGUCCAAGCAGUGGGUCCGAUUACGACGCUAACACUGGAGCUGUAAAAUUAUUCAAUUGGGGCUCCGGUAAAGCGCCGCAGAAAGCUGACCAGCCCGCACCAGUGUGAUCUCUUGCAACUGUCUCGGAAACACCUCAGUUUCGGAGAAAGUGCAAUCGGAUAGGCCAAACACCACUGCCACAGCCGCCGCUCAUCCUUCCAAUAACAAAUCGCCCAAAUCGAAGCAGAAUGGUGCAAAAUAAGAUCACCGAAGUCACUGGAUUCCACCGCUCAUUUAAGGGCCAAAAUCCUUUUGAGACAGAUGACUUCACCAAAAAUGGAUCUCAUCUCAUUGAUUCAUCAUUUGAUUUUGAUUCCUCCCCAAGGCAUGUGUCUAUUGUGACAGAUAUACCUUCCAGCCAGCCCAUAGACAUCCCUGAUGCCAAGAAGAGAAGCAAGAAGAAGAAGCGUUGCAGGGCAACAGACAGUUUCUCUGGGCGAUUUGAAGAUGUAUACAGACUGCAGGAUGAAGUACUGGGAGAGGGUGCCUAUGCCAGGGUGCAAACAUGCAUCAACCUUAUAACCAACAAAGAGUAUGCUGUCAAGAUAAUUGAAAAAAGACCAGGCCACAGCCGCAGCCGUGUCUUUCGUGAGGUCGAAAUGCUCUACCAGUGCCAGGGCCACAGUAAUAUCCUGGAAUUGGUGGAGUUCUUUGAAGAGGAAGACAAAUUCUAUCUGGUGUUUGAAAAGCUCAGAGGAGGGUCCAUUUUGGCACACAUUCACAAGAGGCAGCACUUCAGUGAGCAGGAAGCUCGAGUUGUCGUGCAGGACAUUGCUCGAGCUCUGGAUUUCCUGCAUAACAAGGGAAUGGCACACAGAGACCUCAAACCUGAAAACAUCCUCUGUGAAAGUGCAGACAAGAUUUCCCCGGUUAAAAUCUGUGACUUUGACCUGGGCAGUGGUAUCAAACUGAACAGUGACAGCUCACCCAUCUCCACCCCUGAACUCCUCACACCCUGUGGCUCUGCAGAGUACAUGGCACCCGAGGUGGUCGAGGCCUUCAGCGAGGAGGCCACCAUUUAUGACAAGCGCUGUGACCUCUGGAGCCUGGGAGUCAUCCUAUACAUCAUGCUGAGUGGUUACGCGCCCUUUGUAGGCCACUGCGGGCGUGACUGUGGCUGGGAAUUGGGGGAACCCUGCCACAGAUGCCAGAAUACCCUGUUUGAAAGUAUUCAGGAAGGAAAGUAUGAGUUUCCUGACAAAGACUGGGCUCAUAUCGCCUCAAGUGCCAAAGACCUGAUAUCCAGACUACUGGUUCGGGAUGCCAAAAAUCGCCUUAGCGCUAGCCAGGUGCUGCAGCACCCCUGGGUGCAAGGGGGUGCAUCUGACACUCUGCCUACACCGGUGUUUCAUCAGAGAAGCAGCAAUGCGAGGGAUCUGACAUUCUUUGCAGACAAGGCCAUGGCUGUGAACCGGCAGCUGGCUGAACAGGAUGGCAUGGAGGAGCAGCAUCAGCUGGAGACCCCCUUUGUGGUCACUGCUGCCGGCUCCUCCAUGCGUCUCUCUCCUCCUUCCAACUCGAAGCUGGCCAAGCGAAGGCAGCGCAGCAGCCAGCCCAAGGGCGGCCCCGUCUCCGCUGCCGAGCUUCGUCAGCUCUUGGCCCCUCUUGUUAUUGUAGGGGACUGUGCCUGAAUUUUGUCAACGUUGGCUCCAGAUCUUCUGCGAAGACCUGCUCCUCUCCUUGCCUGUCUUUGACUCUCGCUGGCCUUGGUCCCUGGCCAUUCAGGCUCUUUCUGAGUUUGCUGUAUGGGGAGACCACAGAUCUUCUUCUAAAUGCCUUUUGACCUUCUGCAGCACUUCUGAAGCACAUCAGCCCAGGGCCUGCAAAUGCAGAUUCACGUCCAGGUUAUUGGGGAGGGAGGUUAAGAGAGAGUUAGUUUUAUAAGCCCCACCCACCCCCCUUCUCUCAACACUUAUGUUUAAAACUAAGCUCAGACACCAAAGGACAACCUCUCAUGCUGCUCCCACGUUACAACUGGAUCCACUGUGAAUUAAGUUGUCUGGAAUGUUCUCUUUGCCUGUAUGUGUAUGCAUGAAUGGUCAAUCUGUACAUGCAUACAAGAUUAUGCAAUAUGCCAAGAUGAAGGUGUACAUAGGGGGGUGGAAGAGCUGUAAGCCAAUGCUGUCUGUGCCUGGUGCCAUUAUUGUGUGGCUGGGGAAUCUUUCAAGCUAUUUAUUAUUUUUAUUUUUUUUUGGUUCUCCACGCAAAUAAUUUUGGAAUCGAUUUGUCUCAGUGGCUACGCAAUCAAAGCUCCAAGAGCAGAGAAUGUCUGUAUACUGCCAGCCAUGAUGUGAUUAGUGCAGUGAUUUAUACAGUUUGGCUCAAUGCUGUAAGGAUCAGUUGCCAUACUGUUGAGUAUCACAGGUCAAAAUUAUUACUAUCUGGUUGCCCCCGUAAAUGACUAUGCAAUCUUGAACAAUGUCUGAAUAAUAAUCAAGAGUAAAAAUUUUUUUUUUUUUUUUUUUGAAGAAUUUACGAUGUCCCACAGCCACACCCAGUGCUUACAGUUUUUCAGUUUUGUAUUUUUUGUAUAUGUAAAUCAAUGUAUGCCUCAGCGCUAACCUUGAUAUUUUUGGCACUAAAAGUUAGAAUUCCCUCAUGCAGGGUUUGAAAAGCACAGUUUGGCCGAUGUGACCUUGUCAUUCGAUUGAAUACACUUAUUUGGACCAUCAGCAUUUUUAAUGCUGAUGUCUCAUUUUUAAUGAGACAUCUAUUUCCAAAUAUUUACAUAAUUGAAGACAGUCACCCCCCGCCCCCCACAGACUAAAAAAAGAAAAAAAACAAAAAAAAAGGAAAAACAUUCCACAAAAACAAACAAAAAAAGUCUUCCACAAAUGUGUAGCUGUAUAUGUUUACCUUAUGUUUUUCAUGUUAAAAACUCCAUGUGAAUGUGCCACUUUUUUCUUUCAUUUUUUUGAAUGGAUUUUUUUUUUCUACUUGGUGAUUUGUCAUGGAGGCGCGGUUGAGUUCAGGUGAAACACCGGCUGGUUUCCUAUGUUGGUUUACGGUAUGUUAAGUUGUGUGAAAGUCGGCAGAAGUUUUAGUUGAGCUGGAGCGUUCUUGCCCAGACAGUGAUUUUGUUUUGUUUUUAUGUUCACAAGUUGGCAAUAAUUCUUUUCUUCUCGAAUGAAGUAAAUGUUCAUUCUGAGACUGUGAUAGACAGUGAAAAGUGACCAGGUCUGUUUCACUUAAAGGGGGUUCAAGUCAUGACCUAUCACAUGGAACAUGUGGAAUAACCUAGCAGACAGGUGCUGACAAUCCACUACCAGCACUGCAGUAAUGGUACUCUGGAAAUGGUUGCCUUUUUGCUAAAGGAUCCACUCUGCUGAUAACGGGACACUGUAAUAGCUUUCGAAACCACCGACAGAUGCAUCAUCAUGGGAUUUUAUGUCUUAUAAUAAGACUUGAAUUUGUAUAUGCAGCUGUUUCUUCUCUAUUUGGGAAACUACUUUGCUAAAUUUGAUUAAGGCAAUCUUUACGGGGUUUUAAAACGCCUGAUACAGUUCAGUAUUUUUUUUUUCUUAUCUCCUGUGAGCAUCGCAAGUUUUGGACUGGGUUUGAUACCUGCAAUCACGUGCACACACAAAGGGCCAUACUCAAGAUUCUGACUGGUGUAAUAAGAGUUCUUGGUCAUUAUCAUUUCUAUUUUUUUUUGUGAAGUGGCAGUUGUUUUAAUACUGUCUUGUUGGGAGAAAGUUCUAUUCUAAGGCUCUCACUUUUUGUUUGUCAUUUUGACGUAAGAAAGUGUUCAGUUCAUUCAUGAGGACAGUGUCAACCCUUCCCAUAAUUUGAAUGUAGUCCACAGGCAAAGAAUUUAAAAUCCAGCAAUACUUCUCAAAGCCUUCCUAAUUGAACUCAAGUGUGUGGUAAACAAUUCUGCCUGUGGCGGAAGAAACAGGCAUUGAGCUGAGGCAGCCAAUGCCUGAAAUUAGCACCAUCUCAAUGCCCUUAGGGGGGAAGAAGUUUGGAAUAAAUACAUCCUUAAAAUAUAAACCAAUUUUGAUU